AGGUGUCAGCAUAAGGUGUCUUGGAAGGGUCACCACUCACUUUCUUUGGUGUUUCCACAGGUGACAGCUGGUGGAAGAGCGAAUUACUAUGUGUCAUAUAGACGGGAGCCUUUUGCACAGAUUAAAUUGCCCAAAUACUCUCUGCCUAAGGACAUGCAUAUUAUCAGCACAGAUGAGAAUCAGGUGUUUGCAGCUGUUCAAGAGUGGAACCAGAACGAUACAUACAACCUGUAUAUCUCAGACACCCGAGGGGUGUACUUCACCCUGGCCUUGGAAAAUGUGAAAAGCAGUCGAGGACUGGAGGGGAAUAUCAUCAUUGACCUUUAUGAGGUAGCAGGGAUCAAAGGCAUAUUCCUGGCUAACAGGAAGAUAGAUGACCAAAUCAAGACUUUCAUUACCUACAACAAGGGCAGAGACUGGCGUUUGCUGCAGGCACCGGACACUGAUCUAAAAGGGGAUCCUGUAGUUUGCCAGUUGCCCUUUUGCUCAUUGCACUUACAUCUGCAACUCUCAGAGAAUCCGUAUACUUCAGGAAGCAUUUCCAGCAAAGAGACAGCUCCUGGGCUGCUGGUGGCAACAGGCAAUGUUGGCUCUGAGCUUUCCUACACUGAUGUUGGUGUGUUCAUCUCUUCUGAUGGUGGAAAUUCCUGGAGACAGAUCUUCGAGGAGGAAUAUAAUGUGUGGUUCCUGGACUGGGGAGGGACACUAGUGGCCAUGAAACACACGUCAGUACCCAUCCGGCACAUGUGGGUGAGUUUUGAUGAGGGAAGAUCCUGGAGUAAAUACAGCUUCACAUCAACACCACUUUUUGUGGAUGGAUCCCUUGUAGACCCUGGUAUAGAGACCCAGAUAAUGACAGUUUUUGGGCACUUCAGUCUCCGUUCUGAAUGGCAACUGGUCAAGGUGGACUACAAGUCUAUCUUCAGCCGUAGGUGUAACAAAGAUGACUACCAAACCUGGCAUCUGCACAAUCAGGGCGAGCCUUGUGUCAUGGGAGAGAGGAAGAUCUAUAAAAAACGCAAGCCUGGAGCCCAGUGUUCCCUCGGUCGGGAUUAUUCCCAUACUGUGGUGACUGAACCAUGUGUCUGUGGUCAAGGGGACUUUGAGUGUGACUAUGGGUAUGAGAGGCACAGCAACAACCAGUGCGUCCCAGCCUUCUGGUUCAGCCCGUCCUCCCUGUCCAAGGAUUGCAGCGUUGGUCAGAGCUACUUGAACAGCACUGGGUACCGCAGGAUUGUGUCUAACAACUGCACAGAUGGCUUGCGACAGAAGUACAUGGCCAAGAUGGAGAAAUGCCCUGGGAAAGCACCUCGGGGACUGCACAUCCUCACUACUGAUGGGAAGUUGGUUACAGAGCAGGGACACAAUGCCACUUUUGUCAUUCUUAUGGAAGAGGGCGAUCUCCAAAGGACAAAUAUUCAGCUUGAUUUUGGAGAUGGCAUUGCAGUAUCCUAUGCUAAUUUCAGCCCUGUGGAGGAUGGCAUACGCCAUGUGUAUAAGAGUGCUGGAAUCUUUCAGGUGACGGCAUAUGCAGAGAACAGCCUGGGCUCUGACACUGCUGUCCUCUUCCUGCAUGUGGUCUGUCCAGUAGAGCACGUCCAUCUGAGUGUCCCCUUUGUUGCCAUCAAAAAUAAGGAUGUAAACAUUACUGCAGUGGUUUGGCCCAGCCAGGCAGGCACGCUUACCUACUUCUGGUGGUUUGGUAACAACACUAAGCCCCUCAUCACCUUGGAGAACAGCAUCUCAUAUGUCUUCGCUGUGGAGGGGAUGAACACUGUCACUGUGCAGGUUUCUGCGGGCAACACCCUCAUCCAAGACACCAAGGAGAUCGCAGUGCAUGAGUAUUUCCAAUCUCAGCUCCUGUCAUUUUCUCCCAACUUGGACUAUCAUAAUCCUGACAUCCCUGAAUGGAGACAAGACAUUGGCAAAGUCAUCAAGAGAGCUCUAGCACAGGUGACUGGUAUCCCUGAUGAACAGAUCUUGGUAGCUGUAUUUCCUGGGCUGCCUACUUCUGCUGAACUCUUCAUACUGCCCCAUAAAAACACAACAGAGAGGAGGAAAAGCAGUGAGGCUGAUCUGGAGCAAGUGGUAGAAGUCCUUUUUAAUGCUCUCAACCAGAACCUGGUCCAGUUUGAACUGAAGCCCGGUGUUGAAGUCAUUGUAUAUGUUACUCAGUUAACAUUAGCACCCCUUGUUGAUUCCAGUACGGGUCAUAGCAGUUCAGCGAUGCUGAUGUUGUUGUCUGUGGUGUUUGUAGGCUUGGCUGUUUUUUUAAUCUACAAAUUCAAGAGGUAA